CAAUCAAUAUUUUUUCAUUACAUAUUCUGUUCGGUAGAGUUUCCAAGUAAACUAUUUGGUCGCACAAAUUUCCGUUUAUUUUAUAUUAUUGUUUUCAUUUGGAUAAUCAAUCCGUUUGUUGUGUUUGUUUAAACGAGAGUCUAUAGAAAAUGGAGCUGAUAAGUUCUUCGCCAGUAUACCACACGAGUGCUGCACAAAAAUGUCGGUCAAAGAACGCUGCCCAUCGAUUUAAGUAUGGCUCCCCAAAGCUAGUGGAUAUGAUGCGAGAGAAAUGUCGUCUCCGGAUAAAAGAAGCACGAAACGAUCAUCUUCUCCGAAAACGUAAUAUCGUGAAUGAGGAAAAAGCUUUACUAGAAUCAAUAGUUCGACAAGAACUGUCCGAAAUCGAGAAAGAUAUCGAAUUACAAGAACUGAUUUUCCAGGAGCUUAUCGCCGAAACCAAUGAGUGGUUGUUCGAAGAAUACGAACGUUCGGAAAAUUACAUGAUUGACGAAUACGGACAGGAGGUAGUGUUUUGUCCGAUUUGUCAGAAAAACGAGUUGAAACAAGCAGAAUCACAAAUAAUACGAUGCCCUUGUGGCAUCCAAGUAAGACACACGGAUAGCAUUGACCAUUUUGGAAGCAUGCUACGACACACAGUAGAGGAGCAUGAGGCAUCUUGUGGUGCAAAUUUGCAGUUUUUCGUGGAACCACUUAGGGAUUAUGGACAGCUAAAUGCGUUUUGUCCCAACUGUGAUUACUAUAAAAAUUUGACUCACUAGAACGAUAUUUCUGUUAGCUUUCAUUGUUAUAUGUUUUUGUUCUAGGUUAAGAAAUCAAAAUUAUUGUAUGCAAAUGACAAUUAUUUUCGAAAAAUUUGAUAUUACACGUGUGUUAUGAGCUCUAUAUUGAACAUAAUA